AUGAGGAAGCAGUGGGCAUGGUCUCAGCCCUUCAAGACAGAGAGCUUGGGGGUGCUGAGGCUGGUGUCUUCUGAGCCUUACAAUUUUGGGGCCUUUGGUUCAGGACUCUUCAUCUCACUUAGCUAUGGGCAGCUGAUCACCCAGUUGUCUGAUGAAGACAUGCACUUUUGGUACCCCUCACUUGAAGAGGUCAUGGAGGCAUUCCACAGCCUGGGAGCCCACAACCCUGCCCUGUACCCGCUGGGGCCCUUUCACCACGGCGGCAGAGUGCUUGACUGUGAGAGCAGCCUGAGCCAUCAGAAACAGCAGCAGGAACCCCCCCAAGAGGUGGCCUUGGACAUUAGCCUGAGCUAUAUCUACAAGUUCCUGAUGCUGUGUGCCCUAGCGUGCCCGGGGGCCUACACAGAUACAAACCUCUUGCAUCUGAUAGAGCUGCUCUGCCGCACAGGCCUUGAUGUGGGGCUUCGCCUGCUGCCUAAGACUGACCUCCAGCAUCUCCUGCUCCUGCUCGUGGAGAGCAUCCAAGAAUGGCCAGGGAAGCUCCAACCACUGUGCUGUACCCUCACCUGGGUGUCUGACCACCACCACAACCUGCUGGCCCUCGUGCAGUUCUUCCUGGAUGUGACCUCCCGGGGCAGGUGGGUGCUUCUCCUUUUCUGCCUCCUUCUGAUACACUUCCCUCUGG